AUGGACACCAAUCCAACACGCCUGCAGCAGCCGUCGCCAUCUUUGGCUUUGAGAACAGCGAAAAGUGUCCCUUCCGGAAGGGAGGGAACUCGAGUCAACCGACCGAAUCAGCACCGCGGCCGGGCCAUCCGCCCGGGCAAACCAGGAACUCCCUCCAGCAUCAGCGCCGAGGAAGAAGAAGAACAACAACAGCAAAUCAUACCGAGAAGGAGGAAGAAGGGUCUUUCUCCCACCAGCAGAACGCUCAACCAUCUGGCCGAUUUUGGUGUCGACACGUCGAACCGCCUCCUCCCCUCACCACCAAGGCCGGCCGGAAGAAACUGCACAAUUGAUUGGCAGCAAGACCAUGAGAUAGGGAAGAAGAUCAAGCGGGAGUCAUCAGCAUCUGAGACUGGCCGGAUGAUGGCGGCGCGGAGGAGCAGCAGCCUGCCUACGGCGGGCGCCGGGCCUGGGUCGGCCCCAUCGUUCAACACGAUGACUCCUUGUGCAGCGUGUAAGCUGCUCCGGCGGCGUUGUGCGCAGGAGUGCACUUUCUCACCCUUCUUCUCGCCGAUGGAGCCGCACAAGUUCGCCUCGGUUCAUAAGGUCUUUGGUGCCAGCAACGUCUCCAAGAUGCUCCUGGAGGUGCACGAGAGCCAGCGCAGCGACGCGGCGAACAGCCUGGUGUACGAGGCGAACCUGCGGCUUCGUGAUCCCGUGUACGGCUGCAUGGGCGCCAUCAUCACCCUGCAGCAGCAGGUGCACGCCCUCGAGGCCGAGCUCGCCGGCGUCCGCGCGGAGAUCACCAAGCACAGGUACCGCCCAUCUGCCUCCGCAGCCGUGAAUGUGCCACCCUCUUCGCACGCAUCCCAGCUCCUCGCUGCGUCGGCAGCAGGAGGCCAACGGCAGGCUGAAUCGUCCUUGGGAGUGGGCGUCGCUGCUGUGGCAGGGCCUGUGGCUUCCGCGUCGUCGUCGACGACGGUGUACGCCGCCGCGUCGAGCUCCACUGACUACAGCUCCAUCACGCAUGAAAAUGUUCCAUAUUUCGGUUGA